AUGAAGGGCGUGCACGUCUCCAACUACGACAUUGUUCGUGUUCUGGGCAAGGGUAGUUUUGGCGUUGUUCGUCUUGUGCGGGAGAAAAGCGAGCACAGUGGCAAUCUCAGGGGUGACAACAGUCUGCUCACACCUAUCGACAAGGUCGCAGACGCGGAGGGCCAGCCCAUAUCACCGAUCCGCAAGGUAAAGCAAGUAUUUGCCAUGAAGGUCAUCCGAAAAUCAGAUAUGCUGAGAAACAGCCAAGAAGGCCACUUGCGUGCAGAGCGCGACUUUCUCGUUGCAUCUGAGAACUCGAGAUGGGUAGUACCACUGGUAUCUGCCUUCCAGGACAACAACAAUUUAUACCUGGUCAUGGAAUACAUGAUGGGCGGCGACUUUCUCGGCCUGCUUCUGCGCGAGGAUAUUCUGGACGAGAACGUGGCGAAAUGGUACCUCGCUGAGAUGAUUCUUUGCAUCGAGGAAGCCCAUCGGAUGAAUUGGAUUCACCGCGACGUCAAACCCGACAACUUCCUCAUUACGGCGUCUGGCCAUCUCAAAAUCUCUGACUUUGGCCUCGCGUUUGAUGGGCACUGGACUCAUAAUCAGACAUACUACAACGAGCAGCGGUAUGGUCUCAUUCGUGACUUGGACUUGCAUGUCCAAGGUGACGCCCAGGAUAUCGAGGAAGAAAAGGUUCACCAAGAUGCUUAUUACACCUUUGAUCUGAUCAACGGUGGCCAGUCUGGACGUGGCCAUGACACAAGACAGGACAUUGCUAAUGGGCCCAUUAUCGAUUGGCUGAACCGCACUCAGAGGCGUCAAUUCGCCAAGAGUGUGGUUGGUACUAGCCAGUACAUGGCUCCAGAGGUUGUUCGCGGCGAAAACUACGAUGGUAGGUGCGACUGGUGGAGUAUUGGCAUCAUACUCUAUGAGUGCCUCUACGGCUGCACUCCCUUCUUCUGCGAGAACCGCCAGGCGACCAAGGCACGUAUACUUGAUCAUCGACGCUGGCUUCGUUUCCCUCCAGACCAGCGAUACGCCCGCCCAAAUAUUGAUCGAGUACCUCUCAUGGCCGUCACCCGCAACGCCAUGGACCUCAUGAUGCGCCUCCUAGAAGAACGACAAGACCGCCUCUCAGCCAAACGCUACCGUGAGAACGACUGGAUCCUCCGCGACAAAUCAGUCGGUGCCCGCCGUACCCGCAACCUCAACACCACAGGCCGUAUCGUAUUCCCCAACGACGCCGAAGACAUCAAAGCCCACCCCUUCUUCCGCAACAUCCAGUGGUCCACGCUGCACAUGACCCGACCUCCCUUUGUCCCACGCGUCCACGGCGGCCAGCCCAUUACAAAGUACUUUGACGACGAAGCCGAGAUCAUGAGCGCAUCCGACCACCUUGACUCCUCCAGCUACGAAGUCGCAGACUUUGACGGCAUACCCACCGUAUGCGUCGCUGAUAUCCUGGGCGACGAAGCACAAACACCAACACCCGAGUCUGCGCUUGCAAAGAGCCAGGUGCCCAUCCCAGCGUACGAGCAAGUCUACAAAGGCUUCCAGAAGAUUCGCCGCCGGAAGAAGGAGAAGAAGAGGCCGAGGGAUAAGUUGUUGCGUGAUCCGCAGGUGGGACGGGCCGUGUUGGAGCUCAGGAAGAAGGGCGCGUUUGUUGGAUAUACCUAUCGCAGGCCGAGGUUUUCAUUGCCGGAUUUGGAGGAUAAGGUUGGGGUGGCGAGGCAGGAGGUGGCGAGGGCUAGUGUGGUGGCUCGUAGUGCUUGA